AUGGCCAUCGAGGAGCCUUUCGAUUUCCCCAUCAAUUACGCUUUUCCGUCUUGGUUCCGUCUCAAAAAGCACAUUUGGCGCGAGUUCCUCUCUGAAGUUGCUUCUACUUUUUUGUUCCUUGUGAGUUGAUGUUUAUGCAAAAGAUGAACUCCGGUCACAGGAACAGCUUGAAAAAAGAAAUAUCCGUGGAAAGCGUUCAUUUUCAACUUUCCUUGUCAUUUCUUAAAGCUGAGAAAGAAAUAUAAAUUAUACGUCGUGAAAGUUUUCAAAAGCUUGGAUGGGACAUGAUUCGAAGCCUCCUAAUUUCGAUACAGAAAAUGCAUUUACGUUAUUGCCUUCCAGUCCAUUUUUUACAUUUUUGAACGAGCCAAAAGUUGUUCAUCUUCGAACCAAUUAUCGAGUUCCGUUCGGUUAUGAAUUAAUUUUUUUGAAAAAGUUUAGCUGAUCGGAAUCGGCUGCGUUAUCCAGUUCAAAACCUCCAACGGACAGUUUGACUCGUUCCUUAGUUUGAACCUAUGCUGGGGCUUCGCCGUCAUGUUCGGCGCCGGUCUGGGCGUCGGCACUUCAGGUCGCGUUUGGACUGGCUCAAGAGAUCUCUAAGGAUGGUUUCUCAGGUGGCCACAUCAACCCGGCGAUAACAUUUGCGCAAUUUUUCCUCGGCAGAAAAACUUUGCUCCAAUUGAUAGUCUACAGCUGUGCUCAGGUCAUCGGUGCGUUCUUGGGGACCGCCCUGGCUUAUGCUGAUUAUCAAGGUUUCUUUCACGAUUGAUCGAGGAAGAUAAUAAGAAACUUUAGGAGCUUUUGAUAAGUUCGACGGCGGCCAUCGUGUGGCUGGGGGUCCCAACGGAUCCCUCUGCUUUUUGGUCACUUGUCCAGCCGACUAUGAAAAUAAAUUCCAAGGACUUCUUGACCAGGUUCUUGAAAUGGAGAAUAUUUUCACAUUACCUUGUAGAAAUAGUGGAAAGUUCAGAGUAAUUUUGAAAUGCUUACUUAGGGACCGCAAGCCAUUUCUUCAGAACGAUUCAAAAAAUAUGUUUUUUACAUUGUUCGAUAGAGGAGAAUGUCCAUUUUCAUAAUCCGUUUAAGUUUUUGAAAAAAGCUCCACUAAGAAAAAAGUUAUGGCCAAAAAACGAGCGCGCGCGGCGUACAACUGGAGGCAAAAUCUCACGGUUUACCCGCCGCCGCACGCUUUCUUUUUAAAUGUUUUUGCGCGUUUCUGGACCGUUUUUAAAUCGGUUUUCUGUUCUGAGAGGUUGUCCGAACUGAGCCUCAUGUUUUGGUAUGAAUCUUUUGUACAAUCCUCAUAAGAAUUUUUUUGAUAAAAUAUCAAAAAAACUACUUAGAAAAAAAGGUCAGAAGGAAUUUUUCAGCUUAUUUUUUUCUUUUUCUCUACUCAGAAAAAAAUUAUUAUCAUUCGAUUUGGAAAAAAAGAAAAAAAAUGAAAAAAAUAAUGUUAAUUCGAAAUAAAACAGGAAAAAAAGUGCAAUUUGACUCCGAAAACCGGCUCCUGCGACAUUUAAAAGGGCGCAUCGGUGUGUUUGACGCAAACACUGCUACGGACACUUGCACGAAAUCUUCCGAAAUUUCAAAAAAAAUUGCUAUUUUUUCGAGGUUUUCAAAGCCGUUAUUUUUUUCGCGUCGAUCGAUUUUUUUCAUAAUUUUUUCAUUGGUAGAGUUUUGAACGCUUAAUAACAUAAUCAAAAGAAUAGACGCGAUCCCAAUCUCUCAUUCGUCAACGAGGCAGGCGAAAAAAAGGAGGUUUUUGGUAAAUCUCAAAUAUAAUUUGAUUCGCUGUCCCAAUAAUUAUUUUUCAUUUUGAAUUUUUUUGUUUGUGAGCACAUUGUGAGUUUUUAAAUCAAAUAAAAAGUAUACCUUGUCGCUGAAAUUUUUUUCGCAUUUCAGUUUCAAAGUUUGGUGUCACUUUACAAGCUUUUAAUAUUUUUUUCGCGUCGGUAGAUUUUUUCAUUUUUCACUCAAAAAAAUAAAGAAAGUGUUAAUGUAUAACUAACUCAAAGUUCGGAAGCGUUCCUCACUUGGUUUUCUGAAACGCGACGAUUUUUGUGAAACUUGUCAGUUUUUUUCGUGUUAAAUCUUACUUUUUUUCGCUUAUUUUUUUGAAAAAAAUACAUAGUUUUUUUAAAAUAUUCAGUCUUGUAGAGCGUUGUCGAUUACAUAGAUUAACAGAAACAGUUCAUUUUUUUAAAAUGGGACUUUAGCUAGUAUAAACGCCUCAAAAACAGUUUUUUUGCAACAAAAAAAUCGUCAUUUUGGUGGCGUGAAGGGGCGGGGCUUUGCGCCCCCUAUGCUUACUGAACAACUUUUUUAUUUGCUAAAUAUACACGCUCUUGUUUUUAAAAUUUUGUUUGUUUUGAAACGAGCUAGAAUAGCAAAUAAUGCAAAAUCUGCACCAAAAUGAGCAAAAGCGAGAGAUCGGCGGUGGUUGAGAGUAACUAGAGAAGUGGCAACAUUCGCUUUCUCCGUCGUCUCUUCGAAAUCACUGGUCUUUCGCUGUCACUCAUUUAAGCUUUCAAUUUUUAAUACUUUCAUCUAAAUGAAAGGGAUGGUCAACUUUGAAGGUUGAUUUUGAUUUAGCCUUACUACAUUCACGAAAUUUUUUAAAAUUUGAAAAAUUUUUAUUCAAAAAUAGCCUUCAGAAUAAAAAUAGUUAAAACGCAUUUAUGGAAUAAACAGUGAAAUAUUCAUGUAAUUCGAUUUUUUGAAGGUUAUUGGAACUGGGGUCUUAACUGCGACGAUGGCCAGUGCCAUGGAUUCAGUCAACAGAGUCCCAAUCUUCUUGCACCCCAUGUUUGGCGCUUUUGUCGUGAGUUUUGCUGCUCCAAAGGUCAUUUUCCACUGACGAAGCUCAGGUGAUGAUGAUUGGGAUGUCGUUUGGAAUGAACGACGGCUAUCCUAUCAACCCGGCUCGUGAUUUUGGAGCGAGGCUUUUCGCUUUGUGCAUUUAUGGGCCGGACGCUUUCUCGUAUGAUCUCCACAGGUCUUGAAAAAUAUUGUUUGAAUCUUUUAGAGAUCGCGACUACUGGUUCUGGGUUCCUAUUGUCGGUCCUCUGACUGGAGCAAUCGUCGGCGCCGCUGUGUACAAUUUCCUCUUCGACUACCACAAACCAUUACCUGAAACUGUAUCAAAUACGAAGAAAAUUGAUUUUCAAUCAUAUGAAAGCGAUUUCCCUGUAUAAUUGUUCAUAUCUUGAAUUUUUUUUUCAAAUACUUGUCUUCUUGAAAGCAAAACAACAAACAUAAUAAGGUUUAUUUUUCUUAAUUUGAGAAUAAAGUUUUGAUUUUACGUAGUUUCAUUGGGAAAAUACAUUAUGAUGUUUCUGCGCUUAAUUUUACAAGGCAAGUGCUUGUCAAUUUUUUUUUUCUUUGAAGUGGCGUACGGUUACCUGGAGCAGUUCAAAGCGCUCCCCGGUGUGUGCAUGACGUCCUUUCUUGGCAUUUUCCAAGUCUAAUCAGUUUGAACUUUUCAAUUAUAAUUUUUUCUCCUGUCGCAUUUCUUGUCUUUUUCAAGAAAAGAAGAUUCAACUAGUUGAGGGCUUACUUGAGGUUACUUGAAAACAUUGGAUCGAUAAUUUUGCUUGUUACAAAACAAAUAAUUCUUUGAAAGUGGCUUUGAAUUUUUACAUAUUUCUGUUUUUCGAAUAUAAUAAAUGUAGUGCAUUUUCAGAAACAUGAAUGAGCCGAGAUAUGAUACUUGGAGACAGCAACAGUCAUAUGGACCACCUCCGCCAGCGGGUACGUUCAUUUUAAAGAUUUUUCUAUGACCUUUGCUUCUUUUCGAUUUUUUCAAAGUUUUUCCUAACUUCACAAACUUAUUUUAGAUCCAGAUUUGCGUACCGCUAUCGAACGAUUAGCGUCGUUUGUAGCAAAAAAUGGUCCUCAAUUUGAGGCGAUGACGAUGGAAAAGCAACAAAAUAACCCGAAAUUCGCAUUUCUUUUUAGCGGCCACCCGUUCUUCGAAUACUACCGUUUUUGCGUUAGUAUGAAUUUAUCGAAUGGCGGUAGGUGAUUCAAAAAAUUGUAAUAUGAACUUGAAUUUCAGGAUUCAAUCCAAAUUUCAAUCCCGCCCAACAGCAGCAGCCACAACAACAGUACGAUUACGGGGCCUAUAAUGAGCCUCAGGCUUCCUAUCAGCCGGAGCCGAUGAACGAAAUGGGGAAUCCUCAAAUACAAGCCCUUGAAGCUCAGAUUGAAGCGGCACGACAGAAAAUCGCCGAUAGUGAGAACAAUUUAGCCCUCCAGAAAGAGGCCAUCCCAAAAAUGAAAGAGGUUUUUGCUUUUUUGAUUAGCUUUUCUGAAGUGAAUUCGGUUUCAGAUGCAAUUCCGAGCAGCAGUGGCGGACGCAGAGACGAAAAAAGUGGAGAAAAUCCUUCACGACGUGAAUUUGGACGUCGCUGAACUGGCGCAUAAUCUCGCGCAAAUGGACAGCGCCAAGUGCUCCAAGGACAUCGUUAACGUGCGUGUACACCUCCUUUUUGAAAAAUAGUUCAAUAAUAACAUUUUUUUCGAAUUUUUCACAAUUUUAAUUUGUGGCCUAGUAACUUUUCUAAAGCUUGAAAGCUUCUAAACAAGUCUCUGAAAAUAUGCAAAAAGCUUUUUUUCCUUUUUCUUGUAAGUUCUCUUGUAAUUUCUUCUUACCAAUUUCCAAUUUCUCAGGAAAGGAUUGUUCCAACAAAAAAGCGAAAAAACGCCGCGGAAAGAAUUUUUGAAGGCCUAUUGUGUAGUUCAAAAUAAAUAUUUGUUUGUAUUGUUUUAAAUUUUUCAAAAUUACCGCAAAAAAAUUGAUUUUUUUAUAAAUUGGAACAUUUCAGGUGUGCAAAAAGUGGAUUUUCGAUUAUUGUCAAACAGAUCAACUGCGUGAAGCUAUUUUGCUAUAUCUUCUUCAUAGGUUCGAAUUUUUCUUAUUUCAUUCAUUAAACCCAUUCAAUGUGUCAGAAUAAAGGACUCGGCUGCAACGGACAAUUUCCGGCUUCACAUUUUGUAUUUGAUCAACGAUUGGGCUCAUCAUUGGUGAAUUCAGAGACAUUUUAGACAAUCUUGAUGCUUUUUUUAGUCAGCGGAAGAAAUUGGAUGCGAUUUCUCAAAUGCUAUCUCGCUAUGUACCUCAAAUGUAUGCAUUCACGUUUGAAAACACGCAAACGCCGGGAAUCGUCCAGAAAAUGGAGAAGCUUCUCGGCGUCUGGGAGGGCAGCGCCUAUUUUUCCGAUCAUUGCUUCAAGGUGAUCUUUUCUCUAGAAGCAUUCAUAAAGGUGCUAUUUUAGGUUUUUAAAGAGAAAAUAAAAAAAUUAUAACUUUGUUUUUGAUUGAGGGACUUUGAAAUUUCUUUUGAUAUUUUUUGAUAGUUCUUUUCAUAGUAAUUUUAUAUAUGUUGAAGAAAAACGAAUAAAAUUAUAAAAACCAAAUAAUUCAGCAACUACGAAGAACAGCGAAUAUUUGUAGCUCAGUGAGAACGACUGAAGCCGCUGAAUAUGCACAGGUAUGAGGAUAAAAAACAAAAGUUGUAAUAAUUGUUGAGUAAAAAGUUUCAUCAAACAAAUUAUCUCGAAGUCUGCUUCCAAUGUGAGAUUUGUUUUUUUUUUCCAGAUAUCCAUGAAAAUCGACGCCACUUUGCAACAGACGUAUGACGGUUAUGAAGCGCAGCACAACGCCUACGCCAAUCAUUUUCGGCAACAAAUUCUGCUUUUCGAACGGGAGCUCGAGAAUUUGAAACAGCGUGCGAAAUAAUUUUCAGUGGUCGCAGUUGGGAUGAUUUUCCUUUUUCUGCCGUAUUCCUUCUUAUAAUCGGUUGAAUUCUUUAGAGGAAAAAACGCAGAAAGCCCGCGCUUUACCUCUGAAAACCAUUGAAAUCUAUAAAGAAAAAUUUAUAUCCUGUUUUUUUGACAAAAAUUCGGUAUCGGCGCGCUCCCCAAGCUUUGCCAUUUCAAACGCGACCAAACCCUUUCCUAAUUGAUUAAAAUAGUGGAUUUUUGAUUUAAUAUUUUCCAGCCCCUGAACGGUACCCGCAGCCGCCGACUCCUCUAAUGGCCCAGAACAUCGCGCCGCCGCCUUUAAUGAACACCGGCCGACGGUCGCGCUUCGACCAGACUUUUGCCGGUUUCCGCCGUCUGGGCUUCUUAAUGUGUGUCUGUAGAUCGUUCAGAUACUUGGAGGAACACCGAGCAGCGGAUUCCGCCGCCUCAAGCCAAACCGUCCGGGAUGGGCUUCUUCCCCGCGCCGACCAACCAGAAAAAUAUCUGGAAACCAGCCGGUUUUCUAUUUUGUAAACAGAUUCUUCAGAAAAUGGAAAUUAGGGAAAAUUUUAAUUUGUUUACUUUUUUCUUGGAUUUUCGCUUUUUCAGUUCGGCCACCGGAUGGCGACGACAUCGAUGGUCAUCCCUUCGAUGAGAAGGACCUCGUCCCGCGAAAGUCCUAUAUGGAACUGCCGGCCGGAGUCAUGGUCCCACUCAUCCCUCCUGAGACUUUUUCGGUGAAUAGGAUACUCUCUAUCGAAAUAUUGUCCUGCGCUUGAAAUAGUCACGUUUUUAAAACACAGCAGACAAAGAGCUUCCGUAAAAGAAUACUUUUCGCGCACUUCGAGACGCUUCAAAAAGAGCAGAAAAUAUUUGAGAAUAAAAAUCGACCGAAGGUUCGAAAUCAGUGGGGAAAUUUUCAUUGAGCAAAGUUACUUCAAUUCAGAAGUCCCAAUGGUUCUUCUGUUACUGAAAUGAAUAAAGUAUCAAUUUUCAACUUCUUCAUCUUUUUCUUUCAGUAUGAUGCUCUGAUCGCAUCGAAAAUCGAGAUGCCUCCCAUCGUACCGCCGUCGCAACGUCUUCUCGCCGCACAGGACGCCUUCUACGCCGCCCUCGCUGCUGACGCCGGAGUCGACUUCACAGAAGAGACUGCGUUUGUUCUUCCACCCCUUCAUCAGAUAAAUUUUCGCUUUCCUCAGAACGGAUGACUGGGAGCUAACGAAUGGUUACCCCACAGAGUUCCUUGAGAAAAAGGCAGCUUUGAAGAGGGCUUUGAUUGAAAAGUUGACGGUAAUACUAGCACUUCGGAUAGUUGGUAGGGUUGUUUUUCAGGCCGAGGGAACUUCUCUUGAGGACAUGAUCAAAAACGUUCGUGAUGAGGAGUACCUGAAGCUGGAGGCGGAAGACAUUGCGAAACAGGAGGCCGAGGAGAUCGAGGCGCUGAAAAAGGAGUGCGACGAUUAUUAUGCCUCGGAGACCAACGGAGGCGACAUUCCGAACCAGAUGGGCAACAACAACGACAGAAGAUCCCGGUCGCUGAGCCGCGGCAGCUUGAACAGCACGCCGCCGAGGAGGAACAAGAACCGGUCGUCUUCUGGGUCUUCGUCGUCGUCGACCUCCAGAAGCCCCCGAAGGAGCAGAAGACGUCGCUCGUCCUCUUCUUCCUCCUCUUCCUCUUCUUCUGGAUCCUCUUCGCGUUCAUCUUCCUCGUCGUCGUCGUCGUCUUCCUCAUCUGGCGGAAAAAGGUGGACAACUUAGAAAAACAGACGCGAUAAGCUUGAACAAAUUUGCUACCCUACUGAAUUUCUGAUAUCUGUCGCCAACUGGAUCAAAAUUAUGAAAAUUCGCAAGCUGAAUGUGAAAAAAGCUUUAUUAAAAACGUCUAGAAACGUUGAAGAAAUUAGACAGAAGAUAACUUUCGCCCAAAUGUUUUUGUACUUAAUAACAGAUUCUGUAGUUUUUGAAUAGUUCCUAUCGUUUAUAAAAAAAUAAAGAAAGUUUUUAUAAAAUUGUAACUUAUGAAAUCUGAUACAUGAAUACUUUCUAUAGUUCCAAAAAGGGCAAAAAAAUAAUCAAAAUAUAUAUUGAUAUAAAUUUUUUUGUCAGAAGAUGAUCCAAAAGUUUAAGAUCGCGUUCAAACUCGAGAUCGCCUUCACGAUCAAAGUUCGUUAGACGAUCUCCAUCACCUCCUUCUCAAGCUUCUUUGUGAGACCGACCCCAAAAUUUAAGUUAUAACUUUUUGAUCAAAGCGCGACGUCAUCGUCUUCGAAUUUCCGUGCGCCGGUUCCUCCACUUUCCAGUGAGAACAAAGGCGCGAUGCUGAUGCAGAAGAUGGGUUGGAGCGGAAAGGGCUUGGGUCUCAACGAAACUGUGAGAAAAUCCAAAUCUUUCAUGGGUUAUUCAACUGAAUCAUGCAGGGUAUCGUGAAUCCGGUGGAAGGCGGAGAAGUUCGUGACAAGAUGGAACAGUUCCGAGGCCUCGGCAGCCAAUUAGAUCCCUAUGAAGCUUUUCGGUAUGAUAAUAAUAAUGAGCUUCCGGAAAUACCCAAACUGCUUUUUUUAAAUGCUUAUAUUCUUAUUUUAAAUUUUAUUUUCGACUUGAAAAAAUUUUGUCGACUCAAAAGUUUUUAUUUCAGAAAACAAAGAUCGGGAUCUUAUCGAGAAAAGGCGUACACCAAGUUCGGUUCGAAACACGAAGAUUGA